AUUCACUCACUCAGUCACUCACGUGUCGGUGAUACAAAGAACAAAUAAAUAAAUAAAUGUGAAGGAGUGAGUAGUAGUAGUGGAAUUGAGAGCACAAAAACAAACAACACAACAACCUUCUCUAUCUCUUUCUGUAUUGUAUUGUAUGUAUAUGAAUGAAUCCUUGUCCUUUUAUCUUUCUCUCAUGUACACAACAAGAUAAGAGAGAAGAAGAAGAAGAAGAAGAAAAUCAGAGUAGCGGCACUGGCCUGGUCAAAGAGAAUAGUGUUGCCACAUAGGCAAGGGCAUGGAAAGAACAAGAAAAGGAAGAAGAAGACAGUAGUACUAUGUGAAGGAGUUGUUAAAGACAAGAACAAAAUCAUGCAUAUUUGGCAAACUAUGAUUUUCCCUGUCAGGCGUCUAUGUCUUGCUCUCUCUACCCGUAUCAACCACCGCAAAAACGGAGCAGGACUGGUGAAGCUUCAAGAUGAUGUACAAACUUGUGGAUAUGAAGAUGUACAAGUGAUGUGGGAAAUGUUACAGAAAACUGAAACUGAACUUGUUGACAACCACCAUAAGCGCAAGCAACUGCCUUUCUGGAGACUCUUUGUAUGCUCCAACUCCAACCAUACUAAAGCUUCGUCGCAAUCUUCAAAUCAGACUUAAAAACCAAACACAAAUUUAAUACUUUACAAAUAAGCCAGCAUUGCAGUGCUAGUUCUUGGUUACUAUACUAGUCUUCAACUUUUUUAUAUAUAUUUACAAACAAAAUCAUAUGAGGUUUAUCUCUUACAACUGAAACUGUAUGACAUUAAUAGAUUAUGUAAAUAUGUCAAUAGUCAUACUCAAUAUAUAACUUCAUUUACUGCCUCUUUAAUUAACAGCAAAGUAGGUUUCAUAUGGCUUGUAGAAUAAAAUUUAAUAUCAUACCUUGUCAUAAUCAUACCUUA